ACUGUCGAGUUGAGGCGUGUCGAGUCGUCGUGAUCGGUCGUAACGUCGUUGCGCUCUUCAAUCGCGGGCCGUGCAGUAUCGAUACUGAUGGCUCCAGCUCCAGCAAAAGGAACACUACGCAACUCACGCGUCAGCAGAUGCGAUGCACAACAAAGGUAAACAAUGGUAUGACGGGGUGCCAACCUCCGCCAAUCUAUGUGUAGAAACAAAAGCCAGCAGACUGCGUGUUGCUGACUGCGUGGGGAGGCGGAGGUAUUGAGGGCGGAGGUGGUUGGGAGCUAGUCUCGACCACCAACGAACGGACAACCAACCAACCAGACAAUGAAAGGAUAGGCGAGUGCCCGGUAAAUGCUGGUUUGGGUCCGAAACGAAUUGUGGAGAUUCCGCGGGAGAGUAGUAUUGAGGGUACAACGUACCAAUGUCUCAACGAGCGGACGCAAAGAGUGCAAUACUCACGGCGAUGCUGGCUGUCUGGCGAGUGUGGAGAAGAGAGGUCGUUCUCGUCAGCGGUGCUGCAGGAUUCUCUGCAGGCUCGACAGCAGGCAGGCCGCAGCUAAGAGGGCUGACCGAGACAGGCGAGCCACGCACGCCCCGCAGCGAAGUCCGUUCGAGGAUGGGCUCUUUUUCGCAGACGGCGUGUCCCUACAAUGUCAGUGCGCUAUCGACGCCGCUGGCAGAUUGAUCCGCGAGUGCACGAUGAUGUCGCUGCUCGACGGGACGGCGCGAGUUUGCAGGAACGGCGGCACCAGGGCUGGGUCUGCGAAGAAGAGAACCUGCUACAGCACUGGCGGCCAGAUUCAGGUGCGUGGAAAACGCACGCUGUACUGUAGCUAUACCUAGAGACAAG